CUAGCUGCCUCCCGCCGUCGUCACGAGCGUGAUUCUCCUUCCAGGGCUCUGUUCCGGACCGUCCGAUGAUACGUGAACGGCCAGGAUCCUUCGCUGACCAGUGCAGAGUCGGAGAAAUCCAUCUCCGCGUCCAGGCCCAGUGUGUCAGACUUGCGGCCGCCUCUCGCCUCCUCCGCCCCGUCGUCCCCGUCCGUCCCCACCUCGCCGAGCGAGCCCUACCGGAACCCAGGUCGCGGCCAUGGCGGUGCGCGCGACGGUCUCCCGCUUCCCGUCCACACCGGAGGCUCUGGAGGCGUGCGCCGUUCAGUGGGGCGUCGCCGUGACGCCCUUCGCCGCCGCCGACGAGCGCGGCCAGCCCGCGACCACCGGCGUCGGCGGCGACCGCGUCCCGCGCUGCGAGCACUGCUGGGCCUACUUGAACAGCCACUGCGAUCUGGAGCGCUGGGGCUGGGCCUGCGCGCUGUGCGGCACGCUCAACGGAUUCGACGACGCCGCCGCGCGCCGGUUCCAGCGUCCCGACGCGUGCCCCGAGCUCAACUCGUCCUUCGUCGACCUCGAGAUAGCAGUGGAUGAUGCGGAGGGUGGAGGAGACGGCGUGCAGGCGCGGCCUGUGUAUGUGGCCGCUGUGGAUCUCGCAUGUUCUGAAGAGUUCCUGGAACUCGUCAAGAGUGCACUUCUAGCGGCCCUAGAAGCUCUGGUUCCGGGCUCCCUAUUUGGGCUUAUGACAUUCAGCCACAAGAUUGGAUUAUAUGAUGUCCAAGGUCCAAUUCCGGUCAUGAAAAAUGUUUUCAUUCCUCCAGAAUUAGAAGAAGAUGGUCUGCCUGUUGCCCUUGAAGAUGCCAUGCCCCUAUUUUCUUUUUUGGCCCCAGUAUGUUACAAACUACCAGCUCAACUGCAACAUGAUUUAGACAAUCUGAACAUGUUGUGUAAUGGUAAUAUAAUUUAUGGGCAGGUUGACACAUGCAAGGAUCGAAUCACUGCUGCCCUGGAGACGCUGCGACCUACAUCUUCAUGGGAGAGAGGUGCUGCUUCUGGGCAGGAAGAGGAUACUGUUUUGCUUGGCGGGCGAGGUUUUGGAACAGCCAUGUCUGCUUUAAUUGACUACCUAAGUUCGGAAUAUGGUUCUACUUUUGCUUUGGCUAGGGUAUUUGCUUUUCUGUCUGGUGCUCCUGAUUAUGGAGCUGGUCAACUAGACACCAGGAGAUAUGGUGAGCAGUAUGCUAGUAAAGGGGUAGACGCAGACCUUGCAUUGCUUCCUGAACAGAUACCUUUCUACAGAGACCUAGCAGCUGUUGCUGUUCAAGCCGGAGUGUGCAUAGACAUAUUUGCUGUAACUGAUGAAUACACCGAUUUGGCUUCACUGAAGUUUUUAAGUACUGAAAGUGGUGGAUUGUUAUUUCUCUAUGCAAAUAUGGAUGAUUCAACACUUCCCCAAGACAUAUACCGCUUGCUGAGCCGACCCUAUGCAUUUGGUUGUGUUCUAAGGCUGAGAACAUCUUCAGACUUUGAACCAGGCAAUUCUUAUGGACAUUUCUUCCCCGACCCUCAAUAUGAAAAUGUGCAACACAUCAUCUGCUGUGAUUCAUUUGCUACUUAUGCAUAUGACUUUGACUUUGCCCAUUCUGAUGGCUUCUCCAGGCACACAGAUCCCGCUGUUAUACAGAUUGCUUUUCAGUACAGUGUUGUUGAACCUGUCAAGGAGACAUCGGGCAAUGAAACACAAUCAUCUGCAAGCUACAAAUUCUGUCUAAAGAGGCGGUUGAGAAUAAGGACAGUGCAGUACCGGCCGGCUAGGAAUAUGAGUGAAAUCUAUGACAGUGUGGAUCCAGAGGCUGUACUUCAUAUCCUUGUUCAUAAGGUUAUUCUAGAAUCCUUGGAUAAUGGGGUUAGAGAAGGCAGACAACAGGUGCGUGCUUGGCUAGCUCUCCUUGCAGCCCGGUAUAAUGAGGCCCUGAGCUCUGAUGCACGGACUCCAGUAUCGAGCAUUGACAUUGACUUCUCGCAAUGCCCACAGCUGCAAAUGGUACCUCAGCUUGUGUUUGCAUUGUUGAGAAGUCCUCUUCUUCGCUUACAUGAAGAAGGCAUUCACCCAGAUUACAGGAUCUAUUUACAAUGCCUUUUCAGUGCACUGGAGCCAUCUUCUCUAGCUAAAGCUAUAUAUCCGGUUUUGAUUUCAUAUUCCUCACCGGACAAGCAAGCAUUCCCACGGCACUCUUUGAGUCGUGCUGCUCUAAUCAUGAGUGAAAGCCCAAUAUUUCUCCUUGAUGCAUUUACCAACCUUAUUGUUUAUUAUUCGUCGACAGCUGAUCCUUCAACUCCUUUUCCUCCACCACAUGACUGUCUUUUGAGAACAACAAUAAACAGGUUGAAGCAAGACAGGUGUAUAACACCAAAGCUCACAUUUAUCCAUGGAGGAAGAGAUGACUCAACAUUGUUUGAGAGUUAUCUUAUCGAAGAGCAAGAUGUUGAUGGUUCAGGCUUUACAACUGGUUCGGGGUUUGUAUCCUUUCGUGAGAGUGUCAGGAAUGUCGCAGCAGAAAUCUUCAAGGAAGAAAGUGGAAGCUAGUUUCAGAUGGAUUAUCCUUCUAGUUGUGCAGCCGAUCGUAUAAAGAAAGUGCUUCUUUUGACCUUUUGCGUAGUAGUUAACUGCAUGUUAUUUAGCUGAAAUGGAGAAAUAAAGUCAAGGAAUAAUAAUGGGGAGGUCACUUUAUAGUUGCUCUGUCAAUAGCGCAAUGCUUAUAGGCAUGAAUCAUGAUUAGUCAGUCAGAGAACUCUCUGGUAGCAGGUUCAUAUUUUUUUUGAAACUCCUAUAUUUGUCAGCACAGACAUUGAUGCGAAAGAGACACGAGAAUUUUACUGUACAACAA